ACAACUGGAGCUGAAAAGACAAUCUUGGUCUCUGUAUAGCUUGGGAUGGGUUUCAAUUCCAUGCUAGCCUGCACAACUUGGUUUUAAGAGUAAGCUGGGGCUUUGGUGCUGGAAGCCGUGCUGCCUGGUUCAUAUUCAACCUUUUGGAAAAUCUAUAUUGCGAUCGACACAGAGAUAUGACACUGGGAAACUUCCGGUAUAUGAGAUUGCCAGAGAAGAGAUUGGUCAAUUGGUAGCUACAACUGUGUGUAAUCUCAAGAACAUCUCAAUAUAAUGGAGUGAACUGAAGAAGAAGGAAAAACAAUUCUGUCCCCAGAGUUGAUAGGAAAAGCUGUUAGUGGGAAAGAGAAAGGGGCUGUAUGGAGCAAUAAAGUAUUUUCUUCAGAGCCACACGCUGGAUAUAUACAAGCUACAGCUGGAAGCUUUGUGAUGAUACCUACUUGUGAAAGGUCUUUUCCGACUGAACACUUUGGGAUGCAAGUAAUUUUGUCAGGAUGAAAAUUCACUGAAAACAAUUUCAGAACAAGGCAAUUCCAUAGGUGAAAAUGGCUCUGUCAGUAGACUCUGCUUGGUAUCGCUGGCAGUCUCGGUGGUCCGUAGAAGAGGUCUCCCAGACUCAGUUGGAAUCAGCACCUCUGUUGUCAGCUGACAAAGAGAGGCAGAAAUACGUCUUGGACAAAUGGAGAGUUGUAUUUCCCAGUAAUGAGAGAUUUCAGAAAGAAUCAGAGAAAGUCCAUCGUGUUUAUUCUGGAAACGGGAUACGGACCACCAAGUACACUUUGUUGACUUUUAUACCUCAAAAUCUCUUCGAGCAGUUUCACAGGCUGGCCAAUGUCUAUUUCCUGUUCUUGGUGAUCAUCAACUGGUUCCCACAGCUAGAAGUCUUCCACAGGGAGAUCACAAUGCUACCUUUGGUUGCUGUGCUUUUAGUUAUCGCAAUUAAAGAUGGUGCUGAAGAUUUUAAGAGAUACAGGUUUGAUCAGCAAAUCAAUUCUUCCAAGACUAAAGCAUACAAUAGGAAGAAAAAAGCCUACAUUGAGACGUGCUGGGAAGAGGUACGAGUGGGAGACUUUGUGCAGCUGCAAUGUAAUGAGACCGUCCCUGCGGACAUCCUGCUGCUCCACACCUCUGAUCAGAAGGGGAUCUGUCACUUAGAGACAUCAAAUCUUGAUGGCGAGACGAACCUUAAGCAAAGACAAGUUGUGAAAGGAUUUUUUAAUCAGAACACUGAAUUUGAACCAGAACUUUUCCAAAGCACAAUUGUUUGUGAAAAACCCAACAACCAUCUCAAUCGAUUUAAAGGCUAUAUGGAGCAGCCUGACCUCACACGAAUUGGUUUUAACAAUGAAAGUCUCCUUCUUCGUGGAUGCACAGUGAGGAACACAGAGGUUACAAUAGGAAUUGUUGUCUAUGCAGGCCCUGAAACAAAAGCCAUGUUAAACAACAGAGGUCCUCGUUAUAAACGCAGCAAAAUAGAACAACGUCUGAAUAUUGAUAUAUUCUUUUGCGUGGGACUGCUCUUCAUCAUGUGUCUCACUGGAGCACUAGGUCAUGGCAUUUGGAACGGGCACUUCUUAGAAUACCCCUUGUUUGUCAUUCCCGAUAUAAAUGGCAGCUAUCUCGCUCCAGCUCUUGCGGGUUUCUACAUGUUCCUGACAAUGAUAAUCCUCUUACAGAUUUUGAUCCCCAUUUCCCUCUAUGUAUCCAUUGAACUAGUCAAGCUAGGUCAAGUCUUCUUGAUUCAUAAUGAUAUCGACCUGUACAAUGAAGAGCUAGACUUACCCAUACAGUGUCGAGCACUAAAUAUCACUGAAGACCUGGGGCAAAUCCAGUACAUAUUCUCUGACAAAACAGGGACCCUGACGGAGAAUAAGAUGGUGUUUCGACGUUGUACAAUUGAUGGGAGAGAAUUCUCACAUCAGGAAAAUGCCAAGAGACUUGAAACGUACAAGGAGUUGGAUUCAGAUACUGAAGACUGUGUGAAACAUUUGAGUCUACCUCCAAACAAUGGUGGAGAAAUUCUCAGGCGGAACAGCACUGCUAAGCCCUUGAGGAGGUGGCAGAGUGCUCGGGCUCGGUUUCAGGGACACACAAGGCAGAGAUCUCUGGGCGGCAUCUCUCAGUCUCAAGUGGCAUUUAGCAGUACCAUUGAGAAGGACGUGACCCCAGAUAACAGGCUGCUGAUGAAAGUGAGAAAUGCAUCGUGCCAGAUUGAACCUUUGACACCAUUUAUGUUUGCAAAGACCACCUCCUCCAUUACAGACUUUUUUCUUGCUCUGACCCUCUGCAACACUGUUGUGGUCUCCACAGCAACCGAUCCAAGACAAAGGGUUACCAUUCCGUCACCGAUGAAACCAUCAGCACUAUCCCUGGAGAAAAUUCACCAGCUGUUCCAGCGUCUAAAGCUGGCAAGCCUCAGCCAGUCUCUUUCAUCAGCUCAGUCAAAUUCAGACUUAGGAGAGAGUUUGACUACAGAAACCACCAGAGUCUGUGCUGACUCUGAAACAAAAGAUUAUUUUUCUUCUCAGAGCUGUUCCACUUUAGCAGAUGAUUACAGUUUUAGAAGAGAUUCAAUCACUGAGAAAGACACCUUUGGGGACAGCGAUCCCACUCCAGCGGAGAUCUGUGGGGCAGCAUACCAGGGAGCUUCCCAAGUAGAGUUUUGUUAUGAGGCUGAAAGCCCAGAUGAAGCUGCCCUUGUCCAUGCAGCCCGGGCUUACCAGUUUACAUUAGUGUCCAGGACUGCUGAACAAGUGACUGUGAGGCUGCCAGAGGGCACCCUCCUGACCUUUGACCUCUUGUUCACUUUGGGAUUUGACUCCAACAGAAAAAGAAUGUCGGUGGUGGUGAGGCAUCCCCAUACUGGCGAGAUAAUUGUCUACACCAAAGGGGCUGACUCUGUCAUAAUGGACUUGUUGGAAGAACCUUCCAGAGCUAACCUAGCCAUGGAAAAGAAAAUAAGAAAAGUCAGAGAUCAAACACAGAAACAUUUAGAUUUCUAUGCACGAGAUGGUCUGAGAACUCUAUGCAUCGCUAAGAAGGUCCUGAGUGAAGAUGACUUUCAGAUAUGGGCCAACUUUCGUCGUGAGGCAGAAAUGGCUAUUGACAACAGAGAUGAGCUACUCAUGCAGACUGCGCAACAUCUGGAGACGAAACUCACAUUACUAGGAGCAACUGGUAUUGAAGAUCGGCUGCAAGAUGGAGUGCCUGAUACCAUUGCUGCUUUCAGAGAGGCAGGGAUCCAGACUUGGGUGCUGACUGGAGAUAAGCAGGAAACAGCAGUCAACAUUGCAUAUUCUUGCAAACUUCUGGACCAAAGAGACACAGUCUUUACCAUUAAUACUGAAAGUAAGGAAACCUGUGAAUCACUGUUGGAUAUUACAUUGGAAGAAGUGAAGAAGGCACAAAGCAUUCAAGGGAUAUCUUGGACUGUUUUUGGCAUCAAGCUGCCAUUUUCUAUGUCCACCACUGUGACUGCAGAUCCUGCAAUUGGUCUGGUGGUUGAUGGAAGAACGCUGAAUACCAUUUUCCAGGGACAACUUGAGCAUAAGUUUCUGGAACUAACCAAGUACAGCCGUUCAGUUUUAUGCUGCCGGUGUACCCCCUUGCAGAAGAGCAUGGUGGUCAAACUUGUACGGGGUCAGCUGAAAGUUAUGACGUUGGCAAUAGGUGAUGGUGCCAAUGAUGUAAGUAUGAUUCAGGCAGCUAAUGUUGGAAUCGGUAUUUCAGGACAAGAAGGGAUGCAGGCUGUCAUGGCCAGUGAUUUUGCCAUAUCUCAAUUCAAGCACUUGAAGAAGUUGCUUCUAGUUCAUGGGCAUUGGUGCUAUUCCCGCUUAGGCAAGCUGGUGAUAUACUUUUUCUAUAAAAAUGUGACCUACGUCAACCUGCUGUUCUGGUACCAGUUCUUCUGUGCAUUCUCUGGAGCCGCCAUGAUAGACUACUGGCAAAUGAUCUUCUUCAACUUGUUUUUCACUUCUGUGCCACCAAUACUUUCGGGAGUCCUGGAUAAAGAUGUUUCCGCAGGAACUCUGCUGAGCUUGCCUGGUCUUUAUAAGAGCGGACAAAACUCAGAGGUUUACAAGCCUCUGACGUUCUGGGUUGCCAUUUUGGAAUCUUUUUAUCAGAGCCUUAUCUGCUUCUUUGUCCCUUAUCUGGCAUAUCUUGAUUCCGAUAUUGACAUUUUCCGCUUUGGAACAACAAUCAAUACAGUCGCUCUCCUUACUAUUCUGUUUCACCAAGCUUUAGAAAUUCAAACAUGGACUCUGUCCCAUGGAAUUACAAUCACUGUGAGCAUUCUUCUGUACUUCAUUUUCUCAACCAUCUACAAUGCCACAUGUGUCGUCUGCAACCCUCCCACCAAUCCCUACUGGAUUAUGGAGUUUGAGAUGUCGCAGGCGAGCUUUUAUUUCAUAUGCAUCAUUACUCCAGUCAUAGCACUUCUUCCAAGGUAUCUUAUCUUGGCUCUUCAGGGAACUUUUGAGGUAUCGCCCAUUGUGAAAGCACAACACUUGGAUAAGCUCCCUAAAGAACAACAGGACUGGGAAAUAAAGAAAUGGAAACUGAGGGAACAAGGCCAAAGUGUCUGCAAUGAUGAGCCUGAAGGACCUAUUGCAAACAUGGGUGUGUCCUCACCUGACAUUGCAGCAGAGCGCACGUUUCAAGGUCUCUGUCCUCCAGAACAAGAAGCCCUCAGGAACCAGGCAUCGAACAGAGGAGACAAUGACUACACCAAAUGGUGGGGUGGGGAAGAGGAUGUGGCUGCCGGUUUCCUGUCAGCAGAUGCAUCUCCUGGGCAAAGUAUACCAGCAAAGCCCUUUUCUGGCCUCCUGACCAAUGGCGCUGAAAAUUCCAGUCAAAGGAGCCACCGGCGGUCUGUGAGUGCAGUGACUCUAUGAAAGAACUUGAGUUUUUGAUUAAAAGAAAUUGAAAUUGCUUCUCUGCACAACCUCCACCUCCCACAUAGUGAGCAAAGGUAGCAGAGGGAAGAUAGAAUUUCUAUUUAUAUUAAAUGGCAAUGCCUUGUGGAAAGAGAGACCUAAAGUAUAAUUUCACCAGCCUGGCGGAACAGUGUGUUUUAUCUUCACAAUGUGCUGUUCCUCCGGUAUGUGCAAGUGAACUUACUGUGAGGAAGAGAAGUUCCAAACAACUUGGAGAAAUAUUAUGCAAGAAUCCCUUCGUCAAUGUGAAAUGCACUAUUUCCUUGGAAACGGACAGUAUAACCUGAGUAGAACUAUUUUGCUUUAUCCAAUAAUGAGCCCCUUCUGUCUUCUGAAUCUGACCCUAAACGUGUCACUCUGAGCCUCCUGCUGAUUGGCAGCUACAUGGCUGCAAUACAGUUUUGAUCCAUUUCGCCACUACUAUAAUUGUUUCCUAGGAAUUUCUCCAGAUUACAGCACUUUAUGGUGAAACAAUCAGUUUUAAAGACCAGAAUGAAAUAAGUCAACAGUGCUGAAU